ACUUUCAGAUAAAAGAUGUUCCGUAACCAGUACGACAGUGAUGUUACGGUUUGGAGUCCUCAGGGUCGACUUCAUCAGGUUGACUAUGCUGUUGAAGCAAUGAAACAAGGUAGUGCUACUGUCGGGGUGAAGAGCAAUACGCAUGCUGUUCUGGUGGCGUUGAAGCGUGCUGCCAAUGAAUUAUGUUCGCAUCAGAAGAAAAUUUAUGAACUCGACACGCAUGCUGGUGUUUCUAUUGCAGGUCUUCUUUCUGAUGGUCGCAUACUUGCACGUUUCUUGCAAACAGAAUGUUCAGCGUGGAGAUGGGAUUACAAAGAGCCGGUCCCUAUUCAGGUUUUAAACAACCGAAUUCAACUGAAACUGCAGGCAAAUACACAGAUUUACGGAAGACGUCCGUUUGGUGUUGGACUUGUUAUUGCUGGUUAUGACGAAAGGGGAACACAUAUCGUAAAAACCGACCCAUCAGCAGAAGUCGUCGAAACACUGGCGAGUUCAAUAGGUGCUCGUUCUCAAAGCGCACGCACAUAUCUGGAGCGCAAUUUGGAUCAAUUUCCUGCUGCAAGUGUUGAACAGUUGGUUGAGUUUGCACUCCUGGCACUGAGAGAUACGCUACCCGCUGAGGACAGCUUGUCAAAAAAGAAUACAACAAUUGCUGUUGUGGGUAAAGACAUGCCGUUCAAAGUAAUGGAAGACGACGAUGUAAAACCAUUUUUAGACCGCAUUGCAGGAGUUCCGCGAACCGGUCAACAGAGCGGCGGUGAACAACAAGCAACGGCGGAACCUAUGCAGUUAUGAUCUUAGUUUAUGUAUAACAACUGUUUCAAUGUUGCAAGUAUCAGUUUACUUUUCAUUGUGAAUAUUCAUUCAUGAACUUCGAUUCGUAUUAGCAUCAGAAAAAAGAGAGAAAUGAGAAUAAGAAGGUAACAUACAGUUAAGGAAUGUAUUUUAGCAUUUAAUAGAAAGAGAAUAAGAUGGAGGAAAUGGAAAAGAUAAAUGAGCGCCUUGGUCAUUUAACAUCUGUCGGUUAGGAAGUAAAAUUUAUCAAAGGAAUAACAUAUCGCAUAAAACUUCGGUAUUUUUAGAGAUUCAGUUCUUUGUACUACUUCCUUUGACUAAUUUAAUAUAUAACACUGUUAUUGACUGACAUGUUUGAAUAAGUUCAAUA